CUCGGCGGUCUAGCUGCCGCUGCCCUACUUCGGGCUUUGGCACUGGGGGCUUACAGGCACGCGGGCGGCGGCCGGGAGGAAGUGCGGAGUCUGUCCCGGCACGUUGAGGAAGUUGCCCAAAAUGAGGAAGCCCCGUGCGCUCGGCGGGUGAGGAGUCUGGCGGCGGGAGGAGCGAGCGGGAGCCCCGGGCCUCACACUGCUCCCAGGGAGCCCCACGAACGCGCCCGCCCAGCGCCCCGUCCUUCGCCUCAGCUCCUUGAGCUUCGACCCCGUGCCGCCCCGCCCUUGGCUCACCUGCGCUGGUAGGUGUGGCGCGUGCUCUCACCCCGGGGCCGCGGGGACGCGGAAUCUCGGGCUCCCUGGGGCUGGGGAAGGCGGCGGAGGCUGGGAUGCGGCCGUGCGUCCCCUCGGCGGGUUUCUGGGUGUCCGGGCGCAUUGGCGGCACACUCGGAGCCCUUGUCCUUUGAAAAAGGAGGGGAAAUUGAUAUCGGUGCCUCAUCAAAUAUCAAACCUCCACUAUUUCUUCAAUGUGGGCUGUUAUAAGUGGGUGACCAGAAAUGAUCUGAAAGAAGGCAGGGAGGAGACAGUGUACAGCCCAUGGCCAGGUGUUUUGAGAGGAUGCCACUAUUCAUGCUCAGGUAGACACUGUGUGCCCUUGGCCGUGAGGGGAGACAGGCAUGGCCUCAGGUGUGGCUGACCACCUGCCCUUCUUCUUUGGCAACAUCACCCGGGAGGAGGCUGAGGACUACCUGGUCCAGGGUGGCAUGAGUGACGGGCUCUACCUGCUGCGCCAGAGCCGCAAUUACCUGGGUGGCUUCGCCCUGUCGGUGGCACACGGGCGCAAAGCGCACCACUACACCAUUGAGCGGGAGCUGAAUGGGACCUACGCCAUCGCGGGUGGCAGGGCACAUGCCAGCCCUGCUGAGCUCUGCCACUACCACUCCCAAGAGUCAGAUGGCCUCAUCUGCCUCCUCAAGAAGCCCUUCAACCGGCCGCCUGGGGUGCAGCCCAAGACUGGACCCUUUGAGGACCUGAAGGAGAACCUUAUCCGGGAGUACGUGAAGCAGACCUGGAACCUGCAGGGCCAAGCUCUGGAGCAGGCCAUUAUCAGCCAGAAGCCUCAGCUGGAGAAGCUGAUCGCCACCACAGCCCAUGAGAAAAUGCCCUGGUUCCACGGAAAAAUCUCUCGGGAUGAAUCUGAGCAAAUUGUCCUGAUAGGAUCAAAAACAAAUGGAAAAUUUUUGAUCAGGGCCAGGGACAACAAUGGGUCCUAUGCCCUGUGCCUGCUACACGAGGGCAAAGUGCUGCACUACCGCAUCGACAAGGACAAGACAGGGAAGCUCUCCAUCCCGGAUGGCAAGAAGUUUGACACGCUCUGGCAGCUAGUCGAACAUUAUUCUUAUAAACCAGAUGGUUUGUUAAGAGUUCUUACAGUUCCAUGUCAAAAAAUUGGUGGGCAAACAGGAAAUAAUUUUGGAAGUCGUCCGCAACUUCCAAGUUCCCAUCCAGGGACUUGGUCAGCGGGUGGAAUAAUCUCAAGAAUCAAAUCAUACUCCUUCCCAAAGCCUGGCCACAGAAAGGCCACCUCGUCUCAGGGGACCUGGCCAGAGAGCUCUGUGACGUUCAACCCCUAUGAGCCAGACCGAGGGUCCCGGGCUGCAGAAAGAGAAGCCCAUAGAGAAGCCUUGCCCAUGGACACAGAAGUAUAUGAAAGCCCCUAUGCAGACCCCGAGGAGAUCAGGCCCAAGGAGGUCUACCUAGACCGGAAGCUGCUGACCCUGGAGGACAAAGAACUGGGCUCUGGUAACUUUGGCACUGUGAAGAAGGGCUAUUACCAGAUGAAAAAAGGUGCGAAAACAGUAGCAGUGAAAAUCCUGAAAAAUGAGGCCAAUGACCCGGCUCUGAAAGAUGAGCUAUUAGCAGAAGCCAAUGUCAUGCAGCAGCUAGACAACCCUUACAUUGUUCGUAUGAUCGGGAUCUGUGAAGCUGAGUCCUGGAUGCUGGUCAUGGAGAUGGCAGAACUUGGUCCCCUCAAUAAAUAUUUACAGCAGAACAGGCAUGUCAAGGAUAAGAACAUCAUAGAACUGGUUCAUCAGGUUUCUAUGGGAAUGAAGUAUUUGGAGGAGUCCAAUUUUGUGCAUAGAGAUCUGGCUGCAAGAAACGUAUUGCUGGUUACUCAACAUUAUGCCAAGAUCAGUGAUUUUGGGCUUUCCAAAGCACUUCGUGCUGAUGAAAACUACUACAAGGCCCAGACCCAUGGGAAGUGGCCCGUGAAGUGGUACGCUCCGGAGUGUAUCAACUACUACAAGUUCUCCAGCAAGAGUGACGUCUGGAGCUUCGGGGUGUUGAUGUGGGAAGCGUUUUCCUAUGGGCAGAAGCCAUAUCGGGGGAUGAAAGGAAGUGAAGUUUCCGCCAUGCUAGAGAAAGGAGAGAGGAUGGGGUGCCCUCCAGGGUGUCCCAGAGAGAUGUAUGAUCUGAUGAACCUGUGCUGGACGUAUGAGAGACAAGUGCAGUGGCAAUUCAGAGCCAGAGGACAGAGGGCUUGGAGACUGCUGCACAUAUGUUGUGGAGAGCAGGCCUGGAUUUGCAGCGGUGGAACUGCGGCUGCGAAAUUACUACUAUGACGUGGUGAACUAAGACUCCUGGGCCAGUUUGUGCAGCUUCUGAGCAAAUGAGUCAUCACAGGCAAACUUACUACAAUGCAUGGAUUUUGAGUCUCGCCUCCCACUGCCCAUCGGGAGAGGCACUCUCACAGGCACUUGCCUGUGACUGUGGUUCCCCAAAACCGGUUCCCCAAAGCCUGUCCUAGAACAUACCGUGCAUAGACAAACCCACUGGGAGGAGCUGUGUGAGAAAGACGAACGAGAGGGUCAACAGCAACUGUGAAUUCCUUUGUGCUUCUUCUGAGUGGUUUUCAUGGCAGGUUAUUUUCAGGAUCUGUUUUUAGCUUUCCUCGCUGUCUUUUCAGUUCUCUGGCUCCUAGACUGCUCUGACCCCCCACAGCCUGGAGAUAUUGCCUUGUGGUAUUCAGCCACUUGUCUUGCAUUGUCAGUGCCAAGCAGCCACAGUGAUACCUCUGAUCCCGGCAGUGAAGGACUGGAAGGGAGAGAAGGAGAUUUGUCUUAAACAGGCCUUGUGACUGGCCCUGUCCCUGAAAAGCUUCCCUGAUGGUAAAAGUGCCUUGAGGCUUAAAAAUCAAGUUCUACCAGUGAGGCUUCUAAGGUGUAGCCAGUUAAAGGAAACGAAGUCUGGAUACUGCUUUUGUUCUGUGUGUUUGAACCAGAGUCUUGCACCUGCAUGAAAAGUGUGGCCUGCUGGAAGGGUUGGCUUACUGACCCCUUGAAAGCCUCUCUGCCACAGACUCUCUGAAGACCGCCUGACUGGAGAACGUGCAGGGGAAGGGUGUCCGUCGUCUAGAGCAUGUGGCAGACAGACAGUAGGGCUCUGUGGGCUGUUGCUGUCAUGUAGUUAGUGUGGCCCAUGCUUCCUCUCCCUUGAAGAGAGGGUGCAGAUAGAAUUCCUGUCUUUUUUUGUAUUCACAGGGAGACACCCUGGUGGCCAAGGCCAUGUAAAGAUGAAUUUGUGAAGAAAGUAUUAAUUCAUAAUAAAGUCUCAGACCCUGAUGCUUUCCACAAAUAGGCUUAAUCGAGUAUGAUGUAGGGGAGAAGGUACAAAACUCAAGAUUUAUUUUUUGGUCUCCUAGUCUUAGAUAAUUCUUAACUAAUGUCUGAUCUUACACAAGUCAUCAGACCACUGAUAAUCAGUUUUGCUGUGGCUCCUCAAACUCAGAGUUAUUUAGACAUCAUUCUUAGGUCAAUCAAGGCAUAAACUUGGACCAUCUAGAAUUCAGCUGUGCCUAAGACAGUUUGAAGUGUACUUCCAGCCCACGAACAGGAGAGGAGGCCCUAUACCUAACAGAGGGAAGCUAGACAUGAAAGCAGCAGUCAGCAUGCUUGCUUGGCCAGAACAAGACAUCACUUCUUCACAGAACUUCUGUUAAGAAACUUUUAGAAACCAUCCAUGCCUUUUAGAAAUGUGCUUCCUGGUGGUUUAAUAAUUUUGUUAAAUGGAGAUUCCAUGUGUGCUGAGCAGAUACUCAAAACAGUAGCAGUAUACACUUAGAGUCUCCAAAAUUAAAAAAGAUUAAUGACAGCCCUGGCUGCUGUGGCUCAGUGGAUUGAGUGCUAGCCUGCAAACCAAAGGGUCACUGGUUCAAUUCCCAGUCAGGGCACGUGCCUGGGUUGCAGGCCAAGUCCCAGGUUGCACAAGAGGUAACCACACAUUAAUAUUUCCCUCCUUUUUCUCCCUUCCCCUCUAAAAAUAAAUAAAUAAAAUCUUUAAAAAAAGA